CCGUUGGUCAUGUACAGUAAUGGACAAAGGCGGCUGACAGUGGGCGAGAAUCAGAUCGGCUGUCCGCAUAGGAUGACAACACAACGGCGGAAGAAACGAACACGACAGGACACAGGACAACAAAAUAAGAAGAGUUCUAGCUUUGUGGGGCCCGCGCUCGCGUUGGCCGGCUGGCGCUGGCUAGAUGUCUGAGUGUAUGUCUGACGACGAUAAUGUAAGGACGCAGUUAGUAGGCAGAAGUGCUUUUUUAUAGAAGGAAGAAAAUAUCUG